ACCCCUGCUCUAAACCUUCAUCCAAAUCAUUAAUAAAGAUGUUUAACAGAACUGGGCCCAGGACCGAACUCUCUUUAUGGUACCAAAAUAGUCACUUCUUUCUAGGAUGAAGAAGAACCAUUGGGGAGAAGCACCCUUUGGGUUCAGUCAUUUAACCAAUUACAAAUCCACCAUUGUAGUAUUUCCUAGCCCACAUUUGACUAGUUUGCCAGCAGGAAGGUCAUGGGGGACUUGUAUCGAAGGCCUUACUGAAAUCAAGAUAUGUAUGAUUUUUUUCCAUUGGGUUUCACAAUAGCUGGUUAAUAAGAUGAGCCAAUGAAAUAAAUGCCAUUGAUCUAGCUUUCUCUAGUUUUUUUAACCUUAGGUGUACAUCUACACUGUGGAAUUAAUGCAGUUUGGCACCAUUUUAACUACCAUGGCUCAGCAGGAGUUUCCACAGAGAGGAAUUUUAGAGCAAGACACCUGCUAAAAGCUCCGAAAACAGAAAUAAGAGUAAAGCCACCUGCUGCUGCUGCUCCUCCUCUCCCAAUGGAUGCCUUCAAGAACUCUGGAGAAGUGCCUGGAGAGCAGGUCCCUGACAAAGGAGGAAUGAAGAGUGCUUCUCUAAAGGAUUUAUGUCCUGAAGACAAGAGGCGCAUCGCAAACUUAAUUAAGGAGCUCGCAAGGGUGAGCGAAGAAAAAGAGGUGACAGAAGAGCGGCUGAAAGCGGAACAGGAGUCGUUUGAGAAGAAGAUCAGACAGCUCGAGGAACAGAAUGAACUCAUUAUCAAAGAAAGGGAAGCCCUGCAGCAGCAAUACAGGGAGUGCCAGGAACUGUUGAGCCUUUACCAGAAAUAUCUCUCGGAGCAGCAAGAAAAGCUAACACACUCCCUUUCGGAGCUUGAGGCUGCCAAGCAGAAGGAGCAGCAGAUGUCUAAUCAGAGAAGUCUUUAUCAGCAGCGAGCGCCUUCUGAAUUGGAUGGGUCCUACCUCAGUCUAACUAGACCGCAGAUCUUAUACAAGAACAACGGAAUGGCUUGCCGAAGCCCUCCUCCCAUGUGUUUAGCCCAGCCUUGUAGGAACAGUUGUCUUCAUGAAGCUAGGAAUGGAUCUCUAUUGGAAAAUGGGUUGCAUGGCAAAUGUAACAAUGUGGUGUCCCCAGCAAGGCAGAAGUUGCCUCCCCACGCUGAAAGAACUCCAGAUGUGGGCCGCAGGAAGAGCACUUGUCCUCUUCAGACCUGUUCUUUCCACAAGAAAUUGAGCGGCUCCGAUCACAAUUCUUUCCAAGAUGGCACCCACAUUCCAAAAAGAUAUUCUGGACCACAUUGUGAAUCAUUUGCCAAUCAUUCUUUCCCGCCGCAUCCUUUGGGGUUGAAUGGCAGCCCAAGCUCAAGGUCUAAAGAAACAGACCAUGGUAAGAAGUUGUCUGAAGAGAGAAGAAGACAGCUGGUGCUCCAGAAACUAGAGCUGGAAAUUGAAAAGGAGCGCCUCCAGAAUCUGCUUGCCAAGCAAGAGGCAAAGCUUUUGCUCCAGCAACAGCAGCUGCACCAAUCCAGGCUUGAUUACAAUCGGUUUAAAGGCCACACUCCUCAUUCAGAAGAACUGCUCGUUGAUGAAGCGCUGAUGAGAGCAGGCGGCUUGGCCCCCCUGAUGAAUGGUACUUGUGGGCGCCUAAGUUCCCCCAGGCUCAACUGCGAAGGGUGCUAUUCAAAAACUCCAGCGUCUGGGAGAGUCAGCAAAGCACCAGGGAGCAGCGGAGGAAACAGCUCAGGGAAGAAAAGUGUUGGCUUCGGUGUCCAGGCAGAAGUAGAAGCCCUUUGGGAGCAUACGAAGAAGGAAACUGUCAGGCCGCGGAGAGAGCUGUCUUCAGGCUUCCAGAAGGAUGCGGCUACAUCCCCCGGACUGACAGGCGGCAGGAAGGAGCUUGCCAGUGCGGCCACCUCCCCAAUCCAUCGUGACACCUCGCGGUACGAGGCCUCCCUGCUGGACCUGGUGGAUGCAAUGAGCCCGGGCCUUCCGUACAGCGAGAGUCGCAGCCACAGCAAGGGGUUUGUGCCGGAAAGUGGGGCCCGGAGGAGACCGGGUUGGAACCGGAGCCCCUCCAGCGCCAAGCAUAGGACGGCGGAGCUGGAAGAAAGCCGGAUUCUGGAGGAAAUCUUUUUCAUUUGAUGGCCCUGACGCUUUCCGCUCUCUCUCUCUAUAGAUCUGAGGACUCUCUAACGUGGGCGUGUUUACAUGUCAAAAUAUUAAUUUUAAAUUAUUUGAUUGACGAAUGAUUGUCUCCGCUCUCCCCUUUAGAAAACUAACACGGUAGCUUCCCUCUCCCAAAUUCCAAAUCAUGUUACCGAAGCCUCCUUCCUCAAACGUUUUGGGCUCAUUUCCGCACUGUAAAAAGAAAAGGUAAAGAAGAAAAAAAUAUUCCUUCUUUGUGGAAAAAGGAUUAAUAUUACAUGACUCUUUGGGAGGGGGGUGUUUUUUUAGCUGUACAAAUCAGUUUUCCAAAGCUUCAUCUCUCACUAAUGCACUCACACACAAAAGGACAUUCCAGCUCUAUAAUUUUCCUUUUUGAAAAAAGAGUGGCCUGUUAAAACUGAGUGUGCCAUGUAGAUGUAUAGCUAAUGCAUUUCCGACGCGUUCCAUCAAGUUCUGUGUUUGUAGCGUUUGGGUGUUUUUUUAGGCAGAAAACUUGCCACUCCUCUUAACACUAAUAGAUAGUUUUCCACUUAAUGAAUCUCUUACAAAAGGUGCCUCUUAAAAGGAAAAAAAAAUAAAGGUUGUAUAGGAAUAGAACAUUGACCCAGAUGGCACUUAGGCGAUGUGACAACAUUGGGCAUCUUAACAAUCUUGCGGAUGGAUGUUCCCUCCUCUUCCAUUCUCUGGAGUUAUAAGAUGAGUGUUUUUUUGUGCCUGAGCCUUUUUGGGACACUCUCCCCACCCUUUAGUGUUGUAAAUAAAGACCAGUCAGUAAUUAUUCCCGCCCCCCCUUCUCUGCUUGUAAUGCAUGUUCCUCCUUCUGCCUUAAAAUGAUUCAUGCUGGAUUAGUUUUUAAAGAAGCUCUCUUCUCUCUCCCCCUCCCCCCUCCACUGCAUGCUUGGUUAUUUAGAGAAAUGUGGAAUUGGUUUUUUAAAAAUGAUCCUACAGGUCACAGGAUCAAGUCAGAUUACGGCAUAAUGUGGCCUCCCUCUCUUGGGAUCGGAGCCUUGAAUUCGGAGAAACACUCUCCUGACUUUCCCCUCUUCUUGCGCAAAUGCAGGGGGAUUUGAUCCCCCUUCAGGGUGGGCUUCUAGGGGGAGAAGGCCAGCACUCAUCUAUGGUUUCCCGUGUGCCUUGGCUGCUUCUGGUUUUAGCCUCCCAGUCUGUUUGGGCACCCUCCAUGCAAAAUGAAGCACAUUGGAUGGGGUUGAUAGCAGUUUUAGCGAGGACAUCGUGGGUUCAUCUUUCUUUGGUUGACACCAGGGGUGGAGUAGGGGCUUGUCACUUUCUAAGGCCAGGUUGGAGGAAAUCUAACUUAUAAGCCCCAUGCAACCCCACCUUCGCAGCCCACCCCCCAAAGCCUUCUCACCCCUCCAUUUUAAUGUGUGGUGCAUUUGGAGGUGAUUUUUUCCUCAAAGCUAUCUCCAAGUCCCUUUCCCAGAAAACCUCCAACACCCAAAUUCCAGCCAAAUCUUCUAGAUCAGUGUUUGUCAACCUUUGGUCCUCCGGUUGUGUUGGACUUCCCACAAUUCCUAACAGCUGGUAAGCUGACAGAGAUUUCUGGAAUUUGAAGUCCAAAACAACUAGAGGACCAAAAGGUUGAGUACUACUGUUCUAGGUAAUUAUUUUAUCAACUAUUUAACUCAGUUAAAAUAGUAGCCCGAAGUGACACGAAGUCGCCCUUUUGACCACCCUUGUGCACACCAUUGGGAGGGGUCUAUGUCCCAUAGGGUUGAGAUAGGAAUUAUAUCCCAUUCCCCACAAAAUCACCCGCCUUUAUACUAAAGGAGCCUGCUUCAGAGGUUCUGAGAUGAGUAGGACGUUUGCCCAGCUCUUGCCUUUGUGCUUUAUUUUCUCCAGCCUACUGGAAGUCAGAAGUGAGUUUGGAUUGCCAAAACAAAAUGAUGCCCCAAUUGUACAUUAUGGAAUCAUAGUAGGAAAUGAUGAAUUCUUAGAAGCGUAGGCUUUGGAUCUGUUCCAUGCAGGGAUGGUGGAUAGCUCCCAUAUCAUUGGGAUGGCAAGUCUGUGGUGAUUUUAGUCUGGUUUCUGAAGCCACAGACAACAACAAACUUUGUCACCACCCCAAAAGGUUCAGCACUCCUUAAGGUUCAGACUAAAAUCCAGAGCAGAUUCACUGUCCCCCCCCUCCUCCCAAAAUGGAAGCUACUAUCUGCCUCUGAUUUCAUCUACAUCAGGGAUGGGUCCAUAUCGGUCCUGUCUCUAUCCUUGGUUCUGAUGUUUUUCCAUCACCAAUGUCUCUUGUUUUCAUUUUAUUGCCCUGUGCUGGUUAAGAUGAUGGUUUAUUCCAUGUUUCUCCCAUUUCGACAUCGGAAUCACAGAAAAGGAGGGGAAGCAGAAUAAGUAAUGAAAUGAAAUGAAACUUUUAUUUAUAGCCCACCCUAUCUCCCUGAAGGGACUCAGGGUGGCUUACAUUAAGAUCUAAAUUCUACAUUUUAGGUAGUUUCACUGCAAGGAACUAUUAUAUAGUUUUCCUUUAAUUUCUACUCUUUUUCUGGUUGUCAUUCUGCUUGCCUUUUAAAGACACAGCUUCCAACUUUAAGAGAGGUGCCUUUGGAUUGACAUUCCAGAGUGCUAGACUGGGGUGAUUUUCCAUCUCCAGUUCUUUGUUGGUGCCAAUAUUUAACCUCUUUUAAUAUUAAAUGUAGGACUUUAAAAAUAAUAAUGCUGUUGAUAAACAGGUUGGAUUAUCACUGUUGGUAUUCAUGUCAAGUUGCACCUUGACCAUCCAUGUCUUUGGAAAGAAAUGUUGUCAAACUUGUAAACUUUCUCCAUGAUGGUUAAAAUUCAUCCCUAGGAAGGCCCUGUCACUGAGGCACUUUUUUGUAAUAAAGGUAAUAAACAUGAUAGCCGUGGGUUGAUUGCAAGCGUUCCAGCAUCAAUUUUGAGCAGUUGACAAAGUUAUCGAGGAAACCAGCUGUCCUUUUGGUAAUUAAUUAUAUAUGGUGAUUAAUGUGAGUUGAAUGAAGAAUGUAUACAGACACAUGUUAGCAGCGUGGACCGUGAAUUCUGUACAUUGUUUGGCAAUUAUGGAAAAGGACCAAAGGAUCCAUCGUGGCCGGACAAUAUUCUGUCAGUGUGUUACACAUUUGCUGACAUAAUUGGAAGAUUCUGUGGAUUAUGGAUUCAGUAUGUUCUUUCAAAACCGUUUUAUGUGUGUGUAUUUAGUGGACAGGCACCCCGACUUUUAAAACUCACAAUAACCCAUUGGCACACAUGUCUUUGCAAAAACCAACAUGCCCAUUUAGCCCACUUUGCUGUUACUGAUAGAGUUGUGUAAACAGCAUUGUUUGGGCAACACGAGUGGUAAGUCGGUAGUAUUAUCACAUAGUUGAAAAUGAUAUCUAUCUAUCUAUCUAUCUAUCUAUCUAUCUAUCUAUCUAUCUAUCUAUCUAUCUAUCUCUCUAUCUCUCUCCUUGGAGCAAGAGCCAGGGAAAGAGAUAACAAAUUGAUCAAAAUCAACAGUGGUAGAUACACAAAAAUCAUUGCCUACGGAAACAACAUAGAACCAAAUCUUAAAGUAUCCAGAGAGGUCGCCUGCCACUGUCUGUUUAAAUUUGGGAAGAAAGGGGAAUGAUGUCUUGUCUGUUUCUGGAUGGGUCCAGUGUGGCCAUGAAUCCUGUUCCUUGUCCCAGAUUUCUUUUUGGGCCAUGGAUUCUGGUUCUGCCUUUCGGCCGGUUGGUGGUUGUUCUCGUCUCCCGUCUCCAACAUGCACUUUGUGAACAAUGGAUCUGUAAAGCAAUCACACACCUCCUCCUCUCCGUUGGAUCCCUCUUGGUAAAUCCUACCUGAGACUUGACUGAAUCUUUUAACUCUAUACCUGUGUGAUGUUUUAAUUUAAUAAAUUAUCAAGGUGGAUUCUUCCCCCUCCCUUUUC